AGGCUUGGAGGUCGAAGGGGACGUCCGAAGUAGGGCGUAGGGUUCGGGACGUCGCGGAACCGAGAGAUCGUUCUAUCCAACGGUUUAAAAAUCUUAACUUACCGUACUGUACUUUUUGUAACGUCUUGGGACGUCACUAAUUCUUUACUUCGGACACCCCCUAAUUUCCAGCAUUGCCCUGGUCGUCCCGGCUUCGGGAGCAGGGCUUCUUAGUCCUUCCAGCUUCGGAAGCAGAGUUUCUUGGUCCUCCCAGCUUCGGAAGUAGAAGCGCGUGUGUUCAUUGCGCUGCGCUCCUAUAUCUUCCCAAUUGAAGUCGAAAUGCUUUCGUAGAACGCCCUGCGACUGCAGCCAUGGUGGCUCCAUGCCGCAAAUGUGCCACUCGCCGCCCAAUUUCCGCGUCUCUGCAUUCCAAUUUAUCGACAUGGCUGCUCCUCGCGUCGCUUCUUGUCGCCUCGCGCGUUCCGCUGACCGCCGGCCAACGAUUGAGCCAUGCGCUGGCCCGCAGGGAUCGAAAUCGAACACCUCCGCUUAGAGAGCGGUUCGCUUCGGCGUACGCUCGCACCAGGGCGCUAGCUGGGAAUGAUGGGCCCGUGUUCCUGCGACCGAUCGCAGCCAGUCGCGAAGAGUCGCAGGCGUCGCAUGGCAGUCGCACGCGGGUAUCCCGAUCGCUGAUCCGCCGCCAGCGAGAGCAGGAACCCGUCGGUAAUCCCAAGGUGGCGAGUGUGACGACUGUGACGACUCCUGGCAAUGGCGUCACGACUCCUGGCAGCACGACCGCGGCUAAUCGGCGCGGCAUCGCCGCGAUUCUUAGAGAGCCGCAAGGCGCCAUGGAGCCGUCAGCCCCUCCUCCUGCCGCCGCCAGCCACGCUCUCGCCGCGAGGAUCGGUCCGUUGGCGGACAGCGGGUCGAAGGGUGGGAGCAGAAAGGUGGUGGCGGGGGCGAGGCGGAAGAGCGGGCCGAUCGGGAUCCUGCCGCACUGGGGCGCGAAUUGCAUGGGGCGCGCGUGCGGGGUGAUGGAUCGGCCAAUCAGCGUGUACGCCGUGUGGUACGGCGCGUUCUCCGAACCGCAGAAAGCGGCGGUUCGCACGCUGACUGCCUCGCUCAGCCCGAGUGCCGAGCCUUCGGUAACAGUGCCCCUCUGGUGGAACAUCAACAGACUGUACUACGACUCCAGUGGUAACUACAUCUCUGAGUCGGUUACAUGGGGCGGCGAGAUAGAGGACAGGGACUACUCUAAGGGCAAGACCCUGUCUGAUGGUGACGUCAGGAACCUGAUCGCCAACGCCAUCUCCUCCGCGAAGCUGCCGUAUAACGAGGAUGGAGUGUACUUCGUAGUAUCAGAUGAGACUGUGUCGCAAGUUUGGACCAGCCCCGGCGCCAACUCAGCAGCCUUCUGCUCGAGCUUCUGCGGCUGGCACUGGUACAGCCGAGCCUCCAGCUUCGGCAGCUUCGUGUACUCCUGGGUCGGGAACGCCAGGGCCAAGUGCCCCACUUCCUGCAUCACACGCUCCCUCCGCGCCAACCUGGCAGCGCCACCCAAUCAGGACGCAGGAAUAGAUGGGCUGCUGUCAGUCUUCGCCCACGAGCUUGCCGAAGCCACUUCGAGCCCCUUCGUGUCCACGUGGUACGACAGGAGUGGCCAGGAGAACGCGGAUAAAUGUUCCUGGGAGUUCUCUCCCAUUCUCACGGACCCGUCAGGAGCCAGGUACAACAUGGUGGGGGUCAACGGGUCCAAGUUCCUCAUCCAGCAGAACUGGGACCUCACCACUGGCACCUGCGCCACCACUCUCCCGUACCCCUCGCCGCCUCCCCCCCCUCCCCCACCCAAGUCCCCCUCCCCUCCGCCGAAACCGGUCCCGCCGCCACUGCAAUCGAAUCUGGAGAAGAUAUGGAGGAGGAUACGACGGGGGGGAGGCAAGCGCUGAGCGACUUGCUUGGCAUGGCCGCUGUCGCUGUGCCGUGGCGUGUCAGCACACCAGUUGGCUUUGUUCGCCUGGUUGGCUGUGUUGGCUGUGUUGGCCGCGUUGGCCGCGUUGGCCGCGUUGGCUUGUCGACUUGUCAUGUCGACCUUUUUGCGCCUGUGUGCCUGUGCAAGUCACCGGCUCCGCGUUGACUCACUCCUUUGCUUCUCUGCGUGGUGCUGCUCCUUCCUGCUCCUGCUCCCAUGCAUACGUGCUGCAGAUGCAGGGCCUGUGGUCCUCCCGCCCAGGUGUUGUUACAGCGAAUUGUUAUUAUGUACAAUAAAAUUACCGUAUAUGAAAUGUGUGCAUUGAAGUGUAUUUAUUCAC